AGAUAAAAAAUCUUUUAAGAAGUUUGGCUUGGUUGACUAAGAAUCCUUUCUUUCUAGGAAAUUUUAGACGAAGAAGAAAUAAGAAUCUCUAUAAUGGCAACUAAGGCAGUAGAAAUUAAAACACAGGUUCCUGUGCAGCAGUUUGCUCUUCUUCCCAAAAUCAUGAAUGGUGGAAUUGCAGGAAUUAUUGGUGUAACCUGUGUAUUUCCCUUGGAUCUUGUCAAGACAAGGCUUCAGAACCAAAAGGUGGGGCCUAAUGGAGAGAAAUUGUACAGCAGUAUGCUGGACUGUUUCAAGAAAACAUACAAGGCAGAGGGAUACUUUGGCAUGUACAGAGGUUCAGCAGUGAAUAUACUUCUGAUUACCCCUGAGAAAGCGAUCAAGCUGGCGGCCAAUGAUUACUUUAGACAUAGGUUAACCCGACCUGACGGUAAACUACCGGUAUCAAGGGAGAUGUUGGCCGGAGGCAGUGCAGGACUUUGUCAGAUCGUGAUCACGACCCCUAUGGAGUUGCUGAAAAUCCAGCUGCAGGAUGCAGGACGUGUAGCGGCUCAACUCAAGGCUGCUGGACAGUCUACCGCUCAUCUGCCAAAGAUAUCUGCUUUAUCCAUCACAAUGGAAUUACUCAAAUCUAAGGGAAUCCUGGGUUUGUAUCGUGGAACGUCUGCAACUAUGCUACGAGAUGUUAGUUUCUCCAUGGUUUACUUCCCUCUGUUCGCCAACCUCAACAGAAUGGGACCUAGGAAAAGUCCUGAUUCUAAUGAAGCAGUGUUCUGGUGGUCAUUCGUUUCAGGUAUGUCUGCUGGUUCUAUCUCAGCUGCUGUAGUAAACCCAGCAGACGUUGUGAAAACCAGAUUACAGCUCCUUAACAAGGGAGCAGCAGAGGAAUCUUAUUCAGGAAUAGCUGACGCAUUUAGAAAAAUCUACAAGAACGAGGGCCCUAGCGCAUUCUUAAAGGGAGCACUGUGCAGGAUGAUUGUAAUUGCUCCACUCUUUGGUAUAGCGCAGACGGUUUACUACUUCGGUAUAGCCGAGUACCUCAUGGGUAUGGAGAAGGCGAAGCAGACGGUCCUCCUCCCCGCCAAGAAGAUGGAGUAGAUCAUAUCCUUGACAUUUGACAUUUGUAUUCAUUUGUUCCCUGGUUCCUUAUAUUUAUAUCCUGGCUUUCAGUCUUUAGAUCAUUCACAUGACUUUCUUACUAGAUUCUUUAUUCUUUGUUCAAGUAUGGACAAGUUAUUUUUUUUUAUUUUUAUCUGUACAUUGUCAUUAUACAGUUAACAUUUAUUUACCUUGAUAUAAAAAUUGCCAACUUUUGAAUUGGAAGACGACUUUAAAGCAAUCUUUAUUGUGUAUGUGAUGUUGUCAAAAGGCGAUAAAUCAUUCCAUCAAAUAUUGAUAUAUUUCCUCUUCCUAUUAUGGGGUAAAUAUUAUCAAGACCGCUUUCUGAAGCUUCACUUAUAAUUUCUAUUUUUUCUCCCUUUCUGUCCUAAUCUAAUACCUAUCCUUCCCAUACGUUCCUGUCAUGUAUUGUCCUAACAUAUCCUAUUCCAGUCCGAUUCUGUCCUUCACUGUCCUAAAAUCAAAACAAAAAACGAUCUCUUAACAACCCUACAUCUGAUUUAAAAAGCAGGGUUGUCCAACCCAAGAAAAUAUUGUUAGGAACUUAGGUAAGAUUUAUUGUUGGUUUAACUAGUUUUACACUUGAAAACAUUUAAGCAGAGAAUUUAAUCUUUUUGUUACACAAUUAUAAUGUUUGUUAUAAUAGAAAUAUCAGUAGGCUGGAGCCAAUAUAUAUUAAUUGCAUAUGCUCUUGUAUAAAAUUAACCCACAGUAGAAAAUCCUUCAGUCUUUGAUUAUAAAUUUUAUUGUCGGUAUCAGUGCUAGGGAUUCGGAUCCGUUGGAUCCGCAACAUUUGGCUUCCUGGAUCCGGAUCUGCAAAUAAAUGCGAAUCCACGGAUAUUAAUCAAAAACUGUAAAUAAACUUUUUGGUUUUAAAACCUAAAUCUGAACUGUGAACAUUUUCCUUCUCUCUGAAUGGUUUAUCGAGUUUUGGCAUAAAAAUAAGGGAGUAAAAGAUGAAAAUAAUUUAAAAAUUCUUCUUUAUUUCAAGAAAUUAGUAAAUCAUUAAUAAAUGUUCAUGACAUGGAUACGGAUCCGGAUACGCAUCAAAAUGAAAUGGAUCCCAAGCACUAAGAAAAUGUAUUGUCGAUGAUUUUUGACUGCUUUCAAACCUUGUAAAUAUAAGCAUUUUUCAUGUCCAGAAAACCGCUCGUGUUCAGUCUCAGAAUAGAUUGAUUUUCUGUCAAUUUAUGAAGGACUAAGAAAAAUGUUGACUUACAAUAUUAUCAGGCUCUGGUUUGAUCCAGUAUUAUUUAAGGGUUAAUUGUAUUUCUUGGCUUUCUUAAAUAUAUAUUUUUCAUUAGA